GUGAGUAGAGGAAGAGCGCGAUUCACACCGCAUCAUAACACACCGAGAGCGACUUUCAGUUUCUCAGAGCGAAAGAAGACAGAUUUAAAAACGCAAACUUACUUCGAGGAUAUUUUUACAUUAUUUCUCUUCAUAAUAAUGGUCACAAGCAGAGCUGAUAAGUUCUUUUCGUGUCCCACGUAAGCUUUUUAGUCCACACAAAUAUAUUUUAUUACGCACCCUGUGGACUUUCAACAAAGCGCGAUCAAAAUGAGAGCUCAAAUUGAGGUUAUACCUUGUAAAAUCUGCGGUGACAAAUCCUCCGGAAUUCAUUAUGGACUUAUCACAUGCGAAGGCUGCAAGGGGUUUUUCCGACGCAGCCAACAAAACAAUGCCAUGUACUCAUGCUCACGACAGAGGAACUGUCUGAUCGAUCGAACAAAUCGAAACCGAUGCCAACACUGUCGCCUGCAGAAGUGCCUGGCGCUCGGCAUGAGCCGUGAUGCGGUUAAGUUUGGGCGCAUGUCAAAGAAACAGCGAGAAAGUCUGUAUGCAGAGGUCCAGCGACAUCAGCAGCUGUCUCAGGACACCCUGACGGGUUUGGGUGGCGGUCUGCCACCUAAAGGCAUCGAUGACCUGGGUGAAGACAGCACGCACAGCCGGCCGUACAGCAGCGGGGGGUCCAGUUCCACCCUUAGCGACCUAGACGACAUCGCCGCACUCCCCGACGGCCUGCUGUUCGACCUUCCCUUGACCCCGGAGGAGACAAGAGAGUACUGCGACCUGGACAUACUCGAAGGCGACGGGGGCAGUUAUGGGAGCGCAGGAAGUGGAAGCUUGUCCAAUCAGAGCUCGCCAGAGCCUAGCACUGUAGAUUUCACAGAAACGGGGCGGGUGAAGCAUGAGUAUUUACUGCCCGAAAACAGUCUCCUAAUGCAGUCUUUACUGGGUUCCCUACAAGACAACUGCUCUCUAAAUGAUAUAGAGCGGAUCACCAAAAAUGUUGUGAAGUCUCACAUGGAGACAUGUCAGUACAGCACAGAAGAGUUAAAGAAACUCACCUGUAACGUCUACACACCUGAAGAAACUCGCAGCUUUCAGCUCAAGUCUGCAGAAUGGAUGUGGCAACAGUGUGCCGUGCACCUCACAAACGCCAUCCAGUACGUUGUGGAGUUUGCAAAGCGCGUUUCUGGGUUCUUGGACCUCUGUCAGAAUGACCAGAUUAUCUUGCUCAAAGCAGGAUGUUUGGAAGUUCUGCUGAUCCGAAUGUGUCGGGCUUACAACUCUUCCAAUAACACUAUGUAUUUUGACGGAAAGUUUGCCAGCCCGCAGCUCUUCAAAGCUCUCGGUUGUGAUGAUCUGGUAAAUGCAGUCUUCGAACUGGCGAAAAGCAUGACUCGUCUGCAGCUGAGUGAGGAGGAAAUGGCUUUAUUCAGCGCUGCGGUUCUGUUGGCACCAGAUCGUCCAUGGUUGACAGAGUCUCAGGAGGUUCAGAAACUCCAGGAGAAGGUUUACAUGGCCUUGCAGCACUGCUUGCACAUGAACAGAGCCACCACAGAGAAACUGGACAAGAUGGUGUCUAAACUACCACGGAUGAAGUCCAUCUGUAACCUGCACAUUGACAAGCUGCAGUUCUUCCGUCUGGUUCAUCCGGAAACAGCCUACAGCUUCCCGCCUCUGUACAGGGAAGUUUUCGGCAGCGAGAUCAACUUUCCUGAUUCCACCAACAGUUAAAUAGAGAGAAAGGGCGAAAGAGAGUGAUUUGGAAAUUAGAAAAGAGUGCACAAUGAAAACAGCGGUGAAAAAUACAUCCUGACAUUCAAAGGCAGCAUUUAAAACGAAGGCGUUUUAAAAAAUGAUGCAGUCCAGGGAGAAUGCAACAGUGUAUUACAUCUGAACCACACACACCCGGUAACAAACUCUCAUAAACAUGUUAAAACACAAACAUACCACCCACAAAAACAACCUGCCACAGGGGCCAACAAAGCGUUUUAGAUUCCACGCUGACAUGCUCUCCAGCACACGAAUAACCGUUUCAAAACCAUACAGACAUUCAGAUUAUUCCUUGGAUUAUGCUAGAUCUAAUCUAGCUGUUGCUUCAUGAAAACACUUCCGAAUUGUCAUGAGAUGUACAGAUGAAAUCUUAAAUGUUGACAACAGUUCUGUACACAUAAUUUUUGUAUACAGCGAUUGCUAAAGGAUCAAACUCUGUUGCACAUACUAGACCGUGAACCUUCAGGAAAACACAACACCCUUUUAAUGAAGUAUACAAUCAUCAGUAUCAGGACAAAUCACUCUUUCAGUGUCGAUAUCACUCUUUUUUCUUGUCUCCCAUUGUUUUUUACCCUCAGGCGAAUUAUGAAUGUAUCCCACGAACUAUAGCACUUGUUUUGAUUUGAGACCGAAUGUAGAUGUUGCACUUUUGGUCCUGCGUGUUUUGAUUUACAAAGCUUUGACAAUCCGCUCAAAACGAAAAGAAAAAAGCCAAUGUGCCCAGGUAUUCAAUAAAUAUAAAGGGACCAAUUUGACCAAAUACCACUUUACCCGUGCUGCUUUAAAGGAAUAUUCAGUGUUAUAUAGAAGUUAUUUUUCUAGUUUGAACAUAAAAAAUGCACAGACAGUUGAAUGCACUUAAAGCUACAAUCUGUAACUUUUGUCUCUAUAUCGCCAUCUCUGUUUGAAACAUAAAAUUGCAGGUUAUUGUACAUAGUUAUUUUUUUGUGUGUUGACAUUAAAUUAUGUCACAGUCACUUUCCAGAGAAAUCCAGCCCAACAGCACGAAUUUAAAAUCCUUAUAAACUUACCGUUGUGUAUUGGAGUACAUUUUAAACAUGGAUUUUUUUAUGUACAUUCAGUAUUUCUCUGCUUAAUUUUUAACUAAAAAGUGACAGAUUGCAGCUUUUUAAAUGGACAAAGGGUGGAUCUGAAAACAUUUCUUUUGUUACUUUUUGUUUUUCCCUUUUUUAUUAAAUGUGAGUGAAUUUGAUUAUUUUCUGUGCAGUGCAACUAGUAUUUAACCUGGAAUAUUUCCUUAAAGCUAUCUCGAUGAAUUUGAAAGCACAAAUCUGCUGAACCAUUUUCUAAUGUGCAAUAGAAAGUAGUUCAGUCAGUUUUGUUUUUUACCCAUCAGCCUGGUAAUUCUACAGAUGUACAGUCAUGGCCAAAAGUUUGUGAACUCCUUUUUUUAAUUUACAAUUAAGAAAACCAGCUGCACGCAAUCAUAACUUUCAAAUUUAAGUGAAUGAAUACCUCUUUAUCUGUUUUAUAAGAAAAAAAUCAAACGAGGUUGUAAGGACAGAAGUCGAGUCUGUUCAGUGAUAGUGAAGUUUAAAGUAUGAGGAGUUUGCGAAUUUUUCCAUGAUUCUAUAGUUUUGUCGAACACAAUAUUCAGAGCAGUUAUUCCACACGCACAUUUGCGCAGGCACAUUUUGACACAGUGUUUGGUGCUGCUCCUUUUUUAUUUAAUUUGUAUAAUUUUAAUGCAAUGAGAAACCUCAGUCCCACAUCCCCUUCCCUUGUAAAAGCCACUAAAAAAUAAAAAUAAAUUUGAGUUUGUUUAAUUUAUAUCGUCAUUUUAAAAUGAUUUCGAAUAGGAAUGUACAGUAUAUACAUUAGCAUAUUAGUUGACAAAGAGAGGAAAGGUGAAGCUGGUUUAAUGUAGAAGAGAAUGUUAAAGGACGUGCAUACCAGGACCUUAAAUAGCGUGUGCAUGGACAGACUUCCGCCCGCUUUAUUUUGAAAGGACAUUGCCAGCUGCCCUCCAGAAAUGUUCUGGAGAAAAGUUCUCCAAGGAGACAGACAAUUUUCCGAGCUAAAUUGGAUGGAACAGUGUUUUCUGGAAUGAAUUUCUCAAUCUCAGUCUGGUUAUAAAGCGUCUUGUACACUCUUGGACACUGUACGUUUCUGCACAGAUAAAAAAUGGAGAAAGAGAUUCAGAAUGUCAAGGAGAUCUCAGUCCAGCAGGUAUAAGGACUGAUAUUGGUUUCUGUUGUAUUAUUUUGUAAAUUAUUGAUCACCUUUACUUUGUCCAUUUGUAUGACCGGGACAUUGUCCUUCCAUUGUUACCUGCUUGUGUAGUUCUGACAGGUCUUCACAAUAUUGCUUAUAGUACUACUAUAUAAUAACACUAUAGUACUACUAUAUAUCUGUGCAAAUGGUUUUAGGUAAAUCUCAAAUGAAUGAUCAUAUAUUCUAGAUGAAGAUGGAACGAUAUGAUUAAAGAAAGAGAAAAUCUGUCAAAUUAUUAUCUGCCCAACAACAUUCAGGAAACUUUAAGCAGGGUUUAGAAAGGAGUGGUUCAUGAACAUAUAAAUUCUGUCUAUGUAAUGUAUUUUGAAAAGUGAUGUUUUGACAAUCCCAACCUCUUGGCCUUUUGAUGCAUGCCUUUGUUAAGAUGAAAUGUGUUGUGUCAUUCAGUCACUGUGUACAACAAUUUAUAUGUUCCAUGUUUCUUUCGUUUUUUGUAGAAGCAAUGUUUCUUGUCUGUUUAUCACACAAAAAAGAUCUAUUCUCAGGGAGAUAGCUGGUCUCUGUCUCAACCAGUAUCCUCUGCCGAUUAUAUACACAUACACACACCGUCUUAUACACUCAGACAUACACACUUUGCACCAAAUAGGAGACCUGUAUUCUUGAUCACUGUGUCCUGUAGCUAUAUAUUUAAAUAUAUAUAUUUUUUUGUGAAUGUCGAUCACAAAGUGUCAAAGACCUUUCUUCUUUCUGCUAAUGUACUUUAACGGGUUCUUUCAGCCUGAAUUAUACAUAGAAUAUAAGAGAAAAUGAAAAAAAAUAAAGAUGGAUUUUAU